UGACUAAAUCAGAUACCUACGUACCUUGAAAUUAGGCUCAGAGAGGAGGUGCUCUUCCUAAAAACAGGUGGGAUUGCGUUGCUUAUGUCCUCCAUGGUUCUGAGCAUUAAUUUUAAUAUUUACCCUCCCACUUUUUGUUCAAUACAAAUUUUGAUGAGUUUUACCUGGUUUACUUAUUCGUCAUUGUGAAAGCUUGCUCAAAAAAUGAGCGCCUACUUAACCUUAGCCUGAUAAAGCGAAAAGCUACCAUUACGCAAAUUUGACUACUUGAUUAGUAUUUUAAAUCCAUGGCUCCAAGCAAGAUCAGAAGAGCCCUUGGGCAUGUCAAGGACCAGACCAGCAUAAGCCUGGCCAAAGUUGGUGGCAGCACCUCACUUUCCGACCUCGAUGUCGCCAUUAUUAAGGCAACAAGUCACGAAGAAUACCCAGCCGAGGAGAGACACAUUCGAGAAAUACUAAGUUUAACCUCCUAUUCACAUGUCUACAUCAGUGCAUGCGUUAACACUCUCUCGAGACGCCUCAACAAGACCAAAAACUGGACAGUGGCUCUGAAAACUCUUAUGUUGAUCCAGCGACUUCUAUCCGAAGGAGAUCCAGCAUGCGAGCAAGAGAUUUUCUUUUCAACAAGGCGGGGGACUCGCAUUCUCAACAUGUCAGAUUUCCUUGAUACUUCACAAUCCAAUUCCUGGGAUUACUCUGCAUUUGUGCGUACUUAUGCACUGUAUCUUGAUGAAAGACUAGAAUACAAGAUGGAAGUAAAGAGUGGGAAACGGAGCAUAUAUGGAUAUGAUGAAUUAAAAGACGAAGAGAACGACAAGGCAAUUGUUGUCAGAUCCACACCAGUUUGUGAGAUGAAGACUGAGCAUGUAUUUUCAAGGUUGCAGUCUUUGCAACAGCUCCUUGAGCGCUUCUUAGCCCGUCGACCAACAGGUUCAGCAAAGUGCAACAGGAUCGUGAUUGUGGCUCUUCACCCAAUAGUGAAAGAAAGUUUCCAGAUAUAUUACGACAUUACAGAAAUAUUGGGGAUUUUAAUCGAUCGUUUCAUGGAGCUUGAUGUUUCUAAAUCCGUAAAAAUCUAUGAAAUAUUCUGCUGUGAAGCAAAGCAGUUUGAUGAGCUUGAGAAUUUCUACUCCUGGUGCAAGAGUGUUGGCAUUGCACGCUCUUCGGAGUAUCCGGAAAUUGAGAAAAUCACACAGAAGAAACUCGACCUCAUCGACGAACUUAUCCGUGACAAGACAGCGUUGGCAGAAGGGGAGUUAAACCAGGAUGAACCCAAGGAUGAAUCGGAGCAGGAAGUUAAAGAACCAGAACCAAGUGAAGAAGACAUGAAUGCCAUUAAGGCGUUGCCAGCCCCAGAAGAUUUCUCUGAAGCCCCCGUUGAGGAAGAUACCGAGAAAGAAGAGGAAGAAGAUAAUUCGAAAGCUAUAAUUGUGCAACAAGAGGGUGAUUUAUUGAACCUAGGAGACGAUGCAAUGUCAAGCCAAGACUAUACAGACAAAUUGGCAUUGGCUUUGUUUGAUGGUGGUGCACCAGCCGGUCCUCCACCAGGUCGAGGAUGGGAAUCUUUCAAGGAUGCAGCUGAUUGGGAAUCAGCCCUGGUUCAAUCAGCAAGCAACCUCACCAAUCAGAGGGCAACACUUGGGGGUGGGUUCGACUUGUUAUUGCUCGAUGGCAUGUACCAACAGGGCCAAACAAUGAUAGCCAUGGCUUCAUCAGGUUAUGCAGCAACUGGAAGUGCCAGUAGCGUUGCAUUUGGAUCAGCCGGAGGACCAGCAACGCUAGCACUACCGGCACCCCCAUCAUCCGAAGGUAAGAACAUGGGAUCAAAAGGUGGUGAUCCAUUCGCGGCGUCGCUUGCGGUGCCGCCACCGUCAUACGUGCAAAUGUCAGACAUGGUGCAGAAGCAGAAGUAUUUGGUGGAGGAGAAGGCAAUGUGGGAGCAAUAUAAAAGGGAUGGAAUUCAAGGACAUGUUGGGAUGUCGAAACUACAAACAUAUCCUUACAACCAAGGGUGGUACACGCAUGGCUAUUGA